CUUUGGAGCUGUCGAAAAGCCUACCACAGCAACAACUGGUUUUUUCAACGCUAUAUAUUAUAGGCUAUUUCUUUCUUUCUCAGUUUCUCUCUCAUAUUUUCAAGAAUAAGAUUCGUGUCAUUAAUCUUCCAAAAAAGAAAAGAAAAAAAAAUCAAGGAAGGAAGGUGCGAAGUAGUGGUGGAUCUGAGAUAAAUAUGGUUAUGCAAUUGGGAAUUAGUAGUACCUAUACAAACCCAACUCACCAUGGUAUUCGUAAAGGCCUUUUACCACCAACAAUAUCAUAUUGUUCACUGUCAACGUCUUUGAAAUACUCCUUUUCUUAUUCCUUACCACUGUUCAAGAAAACUUCAUUAUCUCUUGCCUCCAGUCAUAGUAGUACAGUCCAAAACGAUGUCGUUAGAGACCUAAUAACAACAUCAACAAGAAGAAAACGACAAUAUGGGAUUGUGCAGGCUUCAACCAACGUUGGAGCUUGGGAUGGUUGGAAGCCUGAAAAGGCUUCCUCUUCUCCUUCUGUUAGUGACAUCCUUUGGCCCUCCGCAGGGGCAUUUGCGGCAAUGGCGUUAUUAGGAAAGUUGGACCAGUUAUUGGCACCUAAAGGUGUUUCUAUGACGAUUGCUCCUUUGGGAGCUGUUUGUGCUGUCUUAUUCGCCUCACCAUCUUCUCCUGCUGCUAGGAAGUAUAACAUGUUUAUGGCCCAAAUUGGCUGCGCGGCCAUUGGUGUCGCGGCGUUCUCUGUAUUUGGUCCAGGGUGGCUUGCAAGGAGUGCUGCUCUGGCUGCUUCCAUAGCUUUCAUGAUUUACACUAAAUCUUCCCAUCCACCAGCUGCAAGCUUGCCUAUACUUUUCAUUGAUGGAGCUAAGUUUCAUCAAUUGAAUUUCUGGUAUGCUUUAUUCCCGGGUGCUGCUGCCUGCAUAGUUCUCUGUUUCAUUGUAAGUUUUCAUAUAGUUGAUUUACUUCAAAUACUUGUUAAAAUAGAAUAGAGAAUCGAUAGAGACAAGAAUUUUCUACUCGUAAUUUUGCAUAAAUUAUGCAAUUGUCAGCACGACAAUAUUUCUCAGGUAAUGUUGCAUAUUACUUACAGUGUGCAUAUAUAAAUAUCCAAAUCCUAUAUAUAUAGUGACAUAACAAUACCGUAAGAGACUCAACUUUCAUGAGAAUAAUGUGAGUUAGGGCCUAUCUAAAUUAUAAAGUAGAAUUUUGUUAAUAUCGUUUGCCCCUUCAAAAGUCAUUGAGAAUAAUGAGCUGCCUAAUACUUGUUUGUGAGUACAAACUACAUAUAAAAUCAUGUUAGGAGAGAAAACAAUAUGUCCUUCACAAAAUUAGUAUUUUAAUCCAUGAUUAAUUUAAUACAGCUUAACAUAAUAGUGCCAAGGCCGUGUUAAAGAAAGAAAAAUCAAACAAAAAUGAAAAACUAAUCUUAGUCUUAAACCCAAGUGACUUCUUUUUAAACUUCCUAUCCUCCUACUAUUUUUUGUUGAAAAUAUUUACUAAAAAUUGAUUUUUGUUUUUUUUCUCUUAUUUUGCAGCAAGAGUUGGUGUUGUACUUGAAGAAGAACCUCAAAUUUUGAUUGUGAUUUUUCAAAAGGAAAAAAUUCAUCAUUAAUAUACUUUUCCCAUCAAAGUAGGUGCAUAGAGUAGUAUUUCAUAUGAGUAUUAAAUGGGAAAAAUCUUCAUCUUGGAAGGCAAGGCAAUGGGAGUCUUGUCACCAUAAUUACCUUAUUCUUGAUCAAAAGAUCAGAAUGGGCUUCUCAAAAGAUGGAAUGGGAUAUUUGACAGCUUUGGCCAACUUCAACAUUCACACAAAUUUGGAUUUAAUCAUAUGACUUGGAAAAAGUAAUAAAUUCACUUCGAAGGACAAAGGACAUAGCCAGGCCAAAUGAGUAUAUAUAAUACUGAAAAGUGUCAACCUUUUGCUUGUGUGAAAAGUUUCGUGUGUAUUCAUAGAUAAGAUUUAAGAUUGUAAGCUUCAUUUAAAUGAGAAAAUAAUUCAUUUACUUCAAAAA